CAUUUAACUCUAGUAUUUCUCAGGACUGUGUUUGUCAGCGGUGCUUUUCGACAUAUGCUCAAGCCAGCAUGUCGACCGUAUCUCCCAACAGGGGUAUCGUGGUCUUCUCGGGAGGAAGCGCUGCCAACAAUCUCGUCGAUGUCUUUAGCAGGAUACGCGAGAGUAAGGAUUGCUUGUUAAGCUACAUCAUCCCCAUUAGCGACAAUGGAGGCUCCUCCUCUGAGCUGAUCCGAAUAUUCGGCGGUCCUGGCAUCGGCGAUGUGAGAAGUAGACUGGUCCGUCUGAUCCCUGACUCGCCUCCGAAUUCAGAACGGGCAGCGAUCAAGACCCUGUUCAACCACCGGCUCCCUUCGGACGCUGUCACGGCCCACAGAGCAUGGCAGUCAAUCGUAGACGGUACUUCCGAGCUCUGGAAAACCAUCACGCCCGCCAAGAAAGAGCUGAUACGCUCGUUCUUCAACUUGCUGAACCUGGAGAUCCUCAAGCGGGCACGACCGCCCUCGUCGACCUUUGACUUCACCUCGGCCAGCGUCGGCAAUCUCUUCCUCACCGGCGCACGCCUGUUCAGCGGCAGCUUCGAGAGCGCUAUCUACCUCCUAGGAAGCAUCUGCGGCGUCCAAUCCGACCUGGUCCGCGUCAUCCCAGCCAUCAACUCCAACUUCUCCCACCACAUCUCCGCCUCCCUGGCCGACGGCACCGUCAUCGUCGGCCAGAACAGCAUCUCCCACCCAAGCUCCAGACGGCCCAGCCUCCUCCUCGCCGACGGCGCCUCCGACCUCGAGGACACAGAACCCUCCGACGCCUCGGACGCCGCCACCUACGAAGACGACCACCUUCCCGGCUCGCUCCCCACCCUCCGCAACAAAAACAUCCAGUUCAGCAAAUCAGCCAACGAGGACCUGCCCGCCCGCAUCACCCGCAUCUGGUACAUAAACCCCUACGGCCAGGAGAUCCGGCCCCCGCUAACCCGCGCCAUCGGUUCCCUCUACACUUCCCUCGUCCCCUCCCUCAUCCUCCGCGGCGUCGGCCAGGCAAUCGCCACCAGCCCAGCCCGCCACAAAAUUCUUAUUCUCAAUGGCUCCCUAGACAGGGAAACCGGCCCGCCCUCGCAGCUCUUCACGGCGGUCGAUUUCGUCGAGGCAAUCGCCCGUGCAGGAGAGGAAAGCCGUGGCCGGCCAGCCCACUUGCCUUCGCCGCCGUAUUCCUCCUACGUUACGCAUCUUCUGCAUCUCGAUGGGCCGGGAACGCCCCAGGUUGACCGCGAGCGCCUGGCGGAAAUGGGCGUCGAGACGCUCCGUUUAUACGGGCGGAAGAUUACGGCGCCGGGGCCGGACGGUGAGGAGGUUGCCUUGGGGAUGAAGUAUGAUCCUACGGCUCUUGUGCAGGCGUUGGAGGUAGUACUGGGUCGUAAAGGGGAUGCGAUGCUUCGUGGGGAUGGGCUGAGCAGAAGAAAUACAUUAGAUCCUGGGAGGAGAAGGGCAGAAGAAAAAUAA